ACUCCCCCUACAUUCUCCUUUUUGAAAAUACUCAAUCACAAUAAAGGACCUACAGCACAGAUUAACGACGGAUUCCAAUAGUUGUCUUACCUAUAAUGUCGAUUUGUAAGGUACUAACGAUUCCUGACCCCUGUUUACACGGAUUGAAACCCCUGGUUUGGACUCAAGGGUGCUUAUUUUUGUUGAGAUGUCAGAUUCCUACCAGUUUAAUUCCUUAAACAUAAAUGCUCUGAAUGAGCCUAUCUUGAAGAAACUAAGUGAAUUGCUGGACAAGGCCAACAGCAAAAAAGGAUGGCGUAAACUUGGGGAAAUAGCUGGGAAUGACAGACGCUUCAGAGUGAGUGGCAAUGACAUGGAAAACUGUUCCCUCAAAGUGCUUGAGCUGGAGGGCAGCCCAUCUCGAAGUUUGCUGUGGCUGCUGGGUGACCAAGGAUGUACUGUCAAAUAUCUCCUGGUGUUCCUUGAGGCAAUGGGCCACGUAGAAGCUAUCCAGUGUUUAAAGCCCCCAGGAAUAAAAAUCCUCAUUCAGCCGCAGUCUCAGGCAGUGCUAGCUGGUCAGAUUGUGAGACUAGGCUGCCAUGCUGCAGGACAUCCCAACAUUCAGUACCAGUGGUUUAAAAGCAAAGAAGAGGUUCCACAUGGGAAUUCCCCAGAGCUGGUUUUCAACCCUGUCCAUGGAAAUGAUUCAGGCUUCUAUAUCUGCAGAGUAAACUCUGGAGGAUCCUUUCAAUUCAGCCAGUGGGCGCAGCUGGAAGUAUGUGAUGUAACUGCAGGUUAUGGCUCAAUGUUUACUUCCACUGAAGGCCGGCUAAAGAUUGCUAUCCAACCUCAAACUCAGAAGCUGAUGAUCGGAGACACUCUAGACCUGGAGUGUGGUGCAGUGGGGAAGCCCCUUCCCAAAUACCAAUGGUAUAAAAAUAGGGCCCCACUGAAAGAUGCAACCAAGAAGAGAUACACGAUACCUGAUGUCACCUUGGGUCAUCAGGGAAAGUACUGCUGCCGAGUAUCCAAUGAUCUUGAGCACCUAUGGAGCCGGGAGGUUGAAAUUGUCAUUGGGCCAAGACCCUGUUGGGGGUUUGCAGGAGCAAUGGAAUGUUCUGAAGACGAUAUUAACAUCUUCGGGGAUAGUGAUUUUGACGGUGUGAAAUCUGGAUGUCCCGAAAGAAUUGAUGCUACAGAUAAAGUGGCCCUGCUGAUUGGUAACAUGUCGUAUAGGAACCACCCCAAGCUGAAGGCCCCAAUGGUUGAUGUGUAUGACCUGACAAACUUGCUUCGGCAGCUCAAUUUUAAAGUGGUGUCUCUCCUCGAUCUGACUGAGUCUGAGAUGCGCAAUGCUGUGGAUGAGUUUCUACUACUCCUGGAUAAAGGAGUCUAUGGUCUCCUGUAUUAUGCUGGUCAUGGGUAUGAGAACUAUGGUAACAGUUUCAUGGUUCCUGUUGAUGCCCCCAACCCCUACAGAUCUGCAAACUGUCUGUGUGUCCAGAGUAUUUUGAAACUGAUGCAGGAGAAGGAGACUGGCCUAAAUGUCUUCUUGUUGGAUAUGUGCAGGAAAAGGAAUGUUUAUGAUGACAUUAUACCAAAUGUAGAGGCCUUAAGGGUGACCGCCAAUAUUGUCUUUGGAUAUGCAACGUGUCAAGAUGCUGAAGCUUUUGAGCUCAAUUCAACAGGAUUCACAAAUGGUGUUUUUAUCAAAUUCCUCAAAAAACGCUUGCUGGAAGAUGAAAAGAUUACUGUUCUUCUGGACAAAGUCGCUGAAGAUAUGGGCACGUUUGAUCCAACCAAAGGGAAGCAGGCUUUGGAGAUCCGCAGCAGCUUGUCAGAGAAGAGGGCUUUAACUGACCCCAUACAGUCUUCAGGCUGCUCGGAGGAGACCAUGGCACGCAAUCUGCAAUGGGAAAAGGCUCAUGAACUUCCCGAAAGUAUGUGCCUGGAGUUUGACUGCGGAGUCCAGAUUAAACUGGGAUUUGCUGCAGAGUUUUCUAACGUCAUGGUGAUCUACACUAGCCUUGUGAAAAAGCCAGACGACAUGACAUCCUGUGAGGCGUACGUUACAAAUUUCACACCGGACCUGGAUGUGGACCCUAAGGAGACUAACAAAGUAACCCCAGAAGAAACAGGCAGCUAUUUGUUGUCCAAGAGCCUCCCAGAACACUGUCUGUACACCAGGUUGAGCUCUCUGCAGAAACUCAAAGGGCAGCUUUCCUUUACGGUGUGCCUACAGGGCAAGUUCAACUCCAUGGAUGAUCUGGUGGAGUGGAGAACAGAGGUCAACAUUGGGAAGCCCCUCAUUGCCAAGUUAGACAUUCACCGCAUGGUCAGAAGAAACAGCUGCCUUCAAACCUGUCACAUACCACAUAGCCCUUCCCAUAGCCCCGCCCACAGCCCCUCCCACAGCCCGGGGGUGGAGAGCCACUGUCACCAGCACUAUCCCCAGCACUAUCAGAAUUCCUACCUGGGGGUCUACCACCACAACCACCCUCUCAUGACCAUGGGUGGUGCCAUGCCUGUGGAUAACGAAUGCUGCAUGUAUUCCAAUUUGUCUUCUUACAACCAAGAGGGAGAGCCUCACGCAGUUUCUGCUAGCAGAGUUAACAUUCCCAUCGAGACUACUGCUGACAUAAACGAGCUGCAGACUAGCUUUAUUGACAGCCUUGAAAUUAAUAACAGAUACUAAUAAACGUUCCACAACUGAGAGCAUGGUUAAAGCAUGCAGUGCAAUGCACUGUACAUCCCAUAUGUUACUGACUAAUGUCUUGUUUUGCAUUUGCUUGUUCCUUAAUUAUUUAUGAUAGGUAAUAGAAGGGAGUAUUUUUUUCAGGAACUUUUGGCUAAUUUCCUUUUACUUGUAUCAACUGAAAGGGAAGUAUAAACAAUGGUUGUUCAGAUGGCAAUUAUAGUAAAGUACUAGCAAAUUGGGAGUUAUGUAUGUAUGAUUUGUAAUCAUUGGGUUGUAAGUGGGAUGUUAAAUUUUCUUCAGUCACAUUUUUAAAAAAAACAUUUUUGCCAACACAAUUUAACGUUUGUGCAUUGGUUUGCUCCAGUUGACAGAAAAACACUGUAAUAAAUUGUAUGCAUUGAUUUUUUCUAAA